AUGUCCUCCUCCUCGAAGCACCACCGGUGGUUCGUGUUGGCAGGAGCGUGUCUUAACUUAUUCGCCCAGAACUACGUGUACGACUGUCCCACCGGGUUGUACGUCGCGCUGCGACAAUGGAUGAUGACGCAGCAAGGGCCGCAAGAGACAUCGCCGUCGCAGCUGCCCACGAGCUCAUUCAUUUUCUUGCAGACUGACUCAUACAGCGGCUCCUAUGGUGCGACUGGAGAACAAGCUAGUGCAACGCCAGGAUCGACAACUGAGGCGGGUGCGAUUGACGCUCUUUUCCACCAACCUAGCUUCGAUGUUUGCUUCAACCUGCUCUACAGUCUCUACAGCAUUCCGAACGUCGUUCUCCCUGUUUGCAGUGGAGUUUUACUCCAACGAUUCGGUGUGGAAGCCGCGCUCCGCUACCUCUCGACCUGGAGCGCUGUGGCGUCGGUGGUCAUCUUCUUGGGCUGCUUCGUGCGCUCCUGGAUGGUGAUGCUAUUCGGAAGGCUUUUAUUCGGGAUUUCCGGGGAGUGCAUCUACGUUGCCUGGAACGUCCUUAUCGUCGAAACCUUCGCAAAAUACAGUCGGGGAGGAGCAUUUGCGCUCGCCUGUUUGGCGUGCGUGUCGAGGAUUGGGAGUUCCUGCGUCUACUACUUCGGACCGCUGAUCGCUGGAUACUCAGAUGCGGCAACGGUGUUUGCGAGUGGGAGUGUGCUUGCGGGUGUAGGUGCGGUGGCUGCACGGGCUGCGACGGGAGGUGGAGCUUCUUCGCUCGGCAUAAUUGGAGCGUGGCAUGACAAAGGAACGAAUGGCAGUGGAGGUGGCCACGUGGAUAAGAGGAUAGCUGGACACGCAGGUGACAACCACAGGAGCAUCGAUCUGUGCCGAACGGAAGGGACGUCGAUCUUCGCAUUGCGGUCGCCUAAUGCUUCGCCAGCGCGACGGGGAGUAGGUAGGGGAAGUGUGGCACACGCGAUCCAGUAUGAAAUACCACAUGAUGAUUUUGACGAGACGGAUAAUUCCCUCCGACCUGGUCGGUCACGAGAGUCUCUUUCGACACAGGGCGGCGCGAGGGGCAAGGCAGGACCGGGAUCUUCAGGAGGAAUUGCGUACCAAAAUCCGCUCAAGGUCGCGAGGUUUUUCCCUAGACAAUACUGGCUGCUGUGCUGCAUCUGCGUCAGCAUGUCGUGUGCGAUCUACAGUUUCAACAACCUGGUGCCGGGCUUGUUUCUACAGCUCUUCUACAGCGGAGGACCGCGUAUGGAUCAUUUGCCGGCCAGCACAAUGUCAGGUUCCGACGGCACGGCUGCUGCAGCGCGACUAUCUUCGGGCUCUUUCACUGCCGACCGAGACCGGGACUCAUCGUCAGCGGAGCCUGCAGCCGUGAUAGCGAGUGUCAUUGGCGUUUCCAAGCUACCUGGGAAAAAUUUCAUCGGAGGCGCUGCAUCGCUGCUUCAGGAUGGUGCACACACUGCAGCCGAUGCUUCAUCUAAUAUGGGUGGACAGGCAAAUGGAAUAAAUCACGACCAGGACUCAGAAUCUGGUCGUGUCACGACCCUUCUGGAGGAGGCAGCUGGAACGUCUGGUGGAGCAGGGAUCAUGCCGUCCACAGGAGGAGGCACAACAGAAGCUGCCCUCGCGGAAGUAGAGCAACGGGUUGUAUCAAAGCAGCCUCAGCCAAGCAUCGAGGCAGACCACGGGGCCAUUGCGCCGCCAACGACUUGGCGAACGUCGUUUGGCACGGAGACAGUACGUGGGGAUGACAAAGGAGAUAUUGGAUCGUCGCGUGUAGAAGGAGAAGGGAGAGCUGCCGCAGCAGCGCCAUCACAGCAAGUUCUUUUGAAGAGCGAAAACGUCGCUGCCACAUCUGCCGGACGGGACGUGGCCUUACUGUUUCUGAUCUCAUAUGCAUUGCAAAAGUAUCGUACUCGUACUGAUUGCGUUUAUGCAUUCCAAAUCUCGUUAUUAAGGCAAAUCCGCAUUACAAAUUUCACUUGUAAUGCUAACUGCAUUUGUAAUGCAAUUUAUACUAGUACGAUACUUUUGCAAUGCAUAUCUCAGGCUUGCUCACGCCAGUAUUCGGGCAAUUUGUGGACCGCGUGGGGCAACACACGACAAUUUUGUUUUUCUGUGCGUGCUUGCUGUUCGGAACGCACCUGUUCCUGUACGUCUUGACCAACAGCACCACCAGCAACUCGAGAUGGGGCAGCAGCAUCGACGAUCCCGAAUCUUCUACUGCGACUACGCCCUGGGCACUACCGUCGCUCCUUCCGGAGUGGAUCUCUUGCUUCCCCAAAGCGAUCUUCUCUGCGACAUUCAUCGUCGAAACAAUGUUAGCGAUUCUCCUCAUCCUCGUCUACACUCUCUUUGCAGCGGUGCUCUGGCCAAGUUUCGCCAUCGUGAUGGAGCAAAACAGUGGAAGUUUUGGCAGUUUCUACGGAAAUGUCGGUAACGGUCAACACAUUUUGACAACCUCGCCAUCAGCGCGGGGAGCAAGUGGGUCUUCACCCACGUCUCCCUCGGCGAACUCCGAAGCAAUUUUAGGCAUCGCUUACGGAAUAGCGACCGCACUGCAGAACACCGGGUUGGUAAUUGUCCCACUAAUCGUCGGCUCCUACAUGUCUGAAGAAAACAGCGAGCAUCCCCCUGCGUCGGAAGGCAGCGGUGCAGCGGUUUCGAGGGACGGAGCACUGCAGGGGUACCACGACACGGAAUUUGUUUUCCUGUUCUGCAGCCUCAUCGCCGUCGUUUCUGCGUUCUUUCUGGUUCCGGCGAUCGAAUUGAAAGAAGCGUGUCAGGGGAUAAUGCUGUGCUUCUGCCUGUCCUGGAACAGAUUCUUCGCGAAUAACAAGUGGCUGCUAGCAUGGAAGUCUAGGUUGGCAAAGUCGAAAAGCGGCGAGGGAUUCGACGGUGGGGGGAUCGGUAUGGAAGGUGGUACAAGUAGUAAAACCAGCAGUCCGUCAGUGAGUCAUUUGCGCAGCAAAAACAGCAUGAUGAAUGACGAAGAUCUGGAGGAACUGUAUGAAGCGGAGUGGAUUUAGCGGUGCAGUAGAAGUUGCUCUGCGUGAUGAAAUCUGCAUUGGACUUGUGAAUGUAGAAUUUGUAUUUGACGAAACCUGCAAAGUCAAAGUUAUACUUGCCUUUUGAAAGUGAAACAUCCUAUGCACUUCAGGAAAUAACCGCAGUCGUGAAAACGUAGAUCAGUCUAAAGUACAAGAAGUCACCGCCUGUGCUGCUUGUCAAUACCUCCGCGAGCGCAAAAUAAAGUGAAAAGAUGUCUGCGAAACGCAGGGUAGCACAGCAAGUAGGGAAUCUCGUCGUGUGUCUAUCGACGGAAUUGCAGCA